AUGGAAGUUGAACAAAAGAUUGAUGAUGCUUUGUACAGUAGACAAUUAUAUGCACUCUCACAUGAGGCCAUGCAAAAGAUUUCAUCGACAUCUGUCCUUGUGAUUGGUCUCGAUGGUUUGGGUAUCGAAAUCGUCAAAGAUGUAGUAUUGGCAGGUGUCAAGUCUGUCACCUUGUAUGAUAAUGAUCCCGUUCAACUUAAAGAUAUGUCUUCUCAAUUUUAUUUUACAGAAUCACAAAUUGGAACUAAAAGAUCAGAAGCAUGUGUACAAAAAGUAGUAGAUUUAAAUAGCUAUGUUCGUGUCAGUGCCUAUUAUGGCGACUUGACCGAAUCAUUCUUGAAGGACUUUAACGUUGUUGUGUUGGCCAACCAACCAUUGACCUUGCAAACCAAGCUCAACGACAUUUGCCAUCGUAACAACAUUCACUUUAUUGCUUCCGAGUCACGUGGUGUGUUUGGCAGCAUCUUUACCGACUAUGGAGACAAGUUUACCAUUGUCGAUACCAACGGUGAAAACCCAGCCUCUUAUAUGAUCAGUGCCGUCUCUCAAGAGAACCCAGGUGUCGUCACCCUUGUCGACGAGCAAAAAUUACAGCUUCAAGACGGCGACACUGUCUCUUUUAAGGAAAUCAAUGGCAUGUCGCAACUCAACGACCUCCCACCACAAAAAAUUAAAGUCAUCUCUCCAUUUACCUUUUCCAUUGGUGAUACCACUUCCUUUGGUCAAUAUACUUCUGGUGGUUAUGUAACUGAAGUUAAACAACCAAAGAUUAUUGAAUUUAAACCAUUAGAAAAAAUUUUAGAAAAGGGAGAGAAUCUAUUUUUUACAGACGAUUCUAAAUUUGAUCAUCCAAGCAGUUUGUUGGCUGGAUUCCAAGCAAUUCACCGAUUCAAUCAAGAAAAGGGACAUUUCCCACGUCCACACAACAAGGCUGAUGCCGACCAAGUGGUUGCUGCUGCCACCGAGAUUGCCAAGAAAUACGAGAUUGAACUCAAAGAGUCUCUAGUUACAUCACUCUCUUUUGUCGCACAAGGAGACAUUGUAGCCAUGGCUGCUAUUAUUGGUGGUGUUACUGGUCAAGAGGUGCUCAAGGCUGCCUCGGGCAAGUUCUCGCCCAUCCACCAAUACGCCUUUUUCGACGCCAUUGAAGCCCUCCCCAACGACUUUAACACACUCGCCGAAGAAGAAUUCCAACCAAUCGGAUCACGUUACGACGGUCAAAUCAUCACCUUUGGCAAGACCAUCCAAAAGCAAAUUGAAAACCUCAACUACUUUUUGGUUGGUGCCGGUGCCAUUGGCUGUGAGAUGAUGAAGAACUUUGCCAUGAUGGGUUUGGCGUCGGGGCUUGAGAAGGGUCUCCUCCAUGUCACCGAUAUGGACACCAUUGAAAAGUCCAAUCUCAACCGUCAAUUCCUUUUCCGUAGCUCCGAUAUCCAACAACUCAAGUCAGAGACUGCCGCCCGUGCCGUCAAGGGCAUGAACCCCGCCAUCAACAUCAAGGCCUACUCUACUCGUGUCGGUCCAGACACUGAAAACUUUUACAAGGAAGAGUUUUACAACUCACUCGACGGUGUUUGCAAUGCCCUCGACAACAUUGACGCCCGUAUGUACAUGGACUCUCAAUGCGUCUUUUACAACCUCUCGUUGCUCGAGUCUGGUACCCUCGGUACCAAGGCCAACACUCAAGUUGUCGUACCACGUCUCACCGAAUCCUACUCUUCAUCUCGUGAUCCACCCGAAAAGAGUAUCCCAAUGUGUACCCUUCACAACUUCCCCAAUCAAAUUGAACAUACCAUUCAAUGGGCUCGUGAUUUAUUCGAAGGUUUAUACAAAAAUGCUUCAGACAAUGUAAAUUCUUAUCUUACUAAUCCAAAUUAUAUUGAUGGAUUAAAUAAAUUAAAUUCAAAUGUUAGAUUGGAAACAUUAUCAAGUAUUAGAUCAUCAUUAUUGGAUAAACCAAUGAAUUUCCAACAAUGUGUUAUUUGGGCUAGAUUAAAGUUUGAAGAAUUGUACAACAACAAUAUCGAACAAUUAUUGUACAACUUCCCACGUGACAUGUUGACCACCACUGGCAACCCAUUCUGGUCUGGACCAAAGCGUGCACCAACUCCACUCAAGUUUGACCCAACCAACUCACUCCACAUGGACUUUGUCACUGCUGCUGCCAACCUCCGUGCAUUCAACUAUGGUCUCAAGGGUGAGACUACUGUCGACUCGAUCCGCAAGUGGGCCACCGACGUCAUUGUCCCAGAGUUUACUCCAAAGAAGGUCAAGAUCCAAGUCAACGAAAACGAACAACCAGCUGCCAACUCCAACUCUGCCGAAGGUGAUGACGACCAAAGUGGAAAGAUCUUGAGAGAACUCCCACAACCAUCCGAUCUCGCCGGAUACAAGAUCAACCCAAUCUCUUUUGAAAAGGAUGAUGAUUCAAACUUCCACAUUGAUUUUAUCACUGCCACCUCCAACUUGAGAGCUACCAACUACAACAUCACCAACGCCGAUCGUCACAAGACCAAGGGUAUUGCCGGUAAGAUUAUCCCCGCUCUCGUCACCACCACUGCUCUCGUCUCUGGUUUUGUUUGUCUCGAAUUAUACAAGGUUCAUCAAAAGAAACCAUUAGAAGCUUAUAAGAAUACUUUCCUUAAUUUAGCAAUUCCAUUCUUUGCUUUUAUUGAACCAAUUGCUGCACCAAAGAAUAAGAUUCGUGAUGGAUUUGAAUGGACUCUUUGGGAUCGUUUCGAUGUUCAAGGUGAUAUUACUCUUGGUGAAUUCCUCAAGCACUUUGAAGAAAAGCAUCGUUUGGAAGUUUCCAUGAUUUCAUGUCAAGUCACAUUGCUCUAUGCCAUGUUCUUGGACAAGAAGAGCAAGGACGAAAGAUUAAAGACCAAGAUGAGCACAUUGUAUGAAACUUUAAGCAAGAAGCCAUUGCCUGACAAAAAAUACUUGGUUUUCGAAAUCUGUUGUACCGAUAUGGAUACCGAUGAAGAUGUUGAUACUCCAUGUAAUCACUACUCUACUACUACUACUUCAACUAUCAAUACCAUUAAAUCAAUCGAAAUUUAA